AUGAGUUUCAGAGUGAGAGAUCAAGAAAAAGAAUCCGAUUCUCCAAGAGAGGUUGGAGAGAUUGACACAAGGGCUCCAUUUCAAUCUGUUAGAGCAGCAGUUAGUUUAUUUGGUGAAGUAGCCGUGUCAAGGGACAAACGUUCUUUCAAGAGAAGAUCGUCAGAGAAUGUGCUGGAAAAGGAGACUCAGCUUCUCUUGGCCCAGAGAGAAUUAACCACAAUAAAGAAAAAGCUGGAUAGUUCUGAGAUCACAAAAGGAAAAGCACUUUCCGAGCUUGAUAAGGCCAAUUUAACACUUCAGGAAUUGGCAAAGAAGCUCAACAGUGUUAGACAAUCAAAGCAAUCAGCCAUAGAGGCUGCUGAAGCUGUGAAGAAUCAAGCCAAAGAACUUGAACAGGCAUUAUCUCAAAAAGCUAUAGGAUAUGAAGCAUGGAAACAAGAACUAGAGCAUGCAAGAAAAGAGUACACAACAACAGUAAAGGAACUAGAUGCCUCCAAGCAAGAACUCAAUAAAAUCAGGCAGGAUUUUGACACAGCUUUGGAGGCAAAACUGGCUGCAUUCCAAACAGCGGGAGAGGCUCAGCGUUCUGCAAAAUUGAACUCAGAAAAGCUCCAAGAACUCUCAAACCAAAUUGCAACCAUGAAAGAACAAAUUCAACAUUUGAAGGUUGCCUCAUCACAAGCCCAAGAUGGUCAGGUAAAGGCCAUGGAAGAAAGAGAAGCACGAGUUAGUUUCUACAAAAAUGCCAAGGAAGAAGCACAGAAUAAAUUGAUGGCUUUGAAGAACGAAUGUGACCAGGAACUAACACAGGGUCUAGAGGCCAAACUUCAUGAAACAAGUAUAGAGAUUCAGGUUCUCCAAGAACAGGUGAAACAGGCACAUGCUUCAGAGAUGGAUACAGUGAGAGUUAUAACUUUGGAGAUCGAAGAAGCCAAAAAAACACUUUAGGAAGUUCUAGAAGAGGAAACCUCCCUGAGAAACCUAGUGGAUUUACUUAGGACAGAGUUAGAACAAGUCAAGAAAGAGCAAGAGAAUCUCAAGGAGAAGGAAAAGGCAGCAGAAGCCCAUGCUGCUACCCUAACUGAUAAACUACGGAAUGGAUCAGAAGAGACAAGUUCUGCGGUGGAAAAAGAAUCUGAAAACUGUGCUAAAGUAGAAUUGAGGAUCAAACAGCUUUCAUUUGAGACAGAAGUUGCAAGAAAGGAAGAAGAAGAAAUAAGAAGCAAAACUCAAGAGCUGAAGCAUGAGGCUGAAAAAUCCAAAGCUGUGGCAGAAGAAUUGGAGAAGAAACUUGAGCUUUAUAUGAAACAGGCUGAGGAAGCCAGAGAAGCAGAACGAAAAGCCAUUGUGGCGAUGAAGAUGAUGUCUGAAAGUGUCGACAGUCAAGACACGGGCUCAGUUUUAGAUGCUAAUGGAAAGAUCGUGUUGACAGUUGAUGAGUUUGCAGCAUUGAGUGGGAAAAUCAAGGAAUCUGAAGACUUGAUUGACAGAACGGAAACAGCAUCCAUGGCUCAGGUGGAAGCAAUCAACUUAAGAAAGAAUGAAGUGAACAAAAAGGUGGAGGCAAACCUGAAAGCAAUUGAGGAAAUAAAAGCUGCGACAGACAUGGCUCUGAAGAAUGCAGAGAUGGCAGAUUCUGCUAAGGUUGUAGUUGAGAACGAACUAAAGAAGUGGCGUCUAGAAGAACAAAACUUUGAAGGCACAGAAAAUUCUCCAAGAUCAAUCUCUCUGCGUAUUUAA